AUGAAGUGGUUAAGCGGGAACAUCAGGGGGAUUGGUAGGCUUGAGAAGAUGCGAAAGAUUAGGAGGGUCUUGGUUGAUAGGAAAAUAGAUUUGGCAUUUUUUCAAGAAACAAAGAAGGCAAGUUCUUCAUCAGUGGAAGUUAAAAGGGUGUGGCAUAGAGAUAAAAUGGAGUUUAUGGUUGUUGAUGCGGAGGGCAGGGCUGGGGGGUUGUUAUGCAUAUGGGAUCCUGAGGUGUUUCAUUUAUCAGAUUGCUGCAGCAAUAGGCAGUUCAUUUUGAUUGCAGGUACAGUCCUUAAUUCUUUUGAUUGUGUCAUGAUUAAUGUGUAUGCUCCUAAUGAUCCUGUGCGGAGAAGUAAACUAUGGGAGACUCUGGCAAGGUUGAAAUUAAGUUUCACUAGACCUUGGUGCAUAGGUGGAGACUUCAACGAAAUCCGAUCAGCGGAUGAAAGAGUGGGUUGUUCAAGGAGGGAACGAGGUAUGAAAGACUUCAACGAUUUUAUAGAUAGGUGUGAGUUGACUGAGUUACAAAUGCUGGGUAGGAAAUAUACCUGGUGUAAUGCAACUGAUGGUAAUAAGUGGAGCAAAAUUGAUAAAUUCCUACUGACUCCUGAGUGGAUCGAAAGAUUUAAGUUCAAACUGUGGGGCUUACCGAGGCACAUUUCUGAUCAUUGUCCUCUACUCUUAAUGGAGGAUGAAAGGGAUUGGGGGCCCAAACCCUUCAAGUUUUAUAAUGCUUGGUUACUACAUCCCAGCUUUGCUUCAUUCUUGGAGAAUGUAUGGUUAGAGUGCCAGAUAGAUGGAAGUGCAGGUGUAAUAUUGCAAAGGAAAUUACAAACCUUGAAGCUAGCAUUAAAGAAAUGGAGUAAAGAAGUGUUUGGUAAUGUCGCAGAGAAAAUUAAAGAAGAUGAAAGUCAGCUCCACUCUUUGGAUUUGAUGGCGGAAGUCAGACCUUUGAUGGAAGUAGAGCUGAGGCUUAAAAGAGAAUCUAGAAGUGACCUAUGGAGACUCAGUAGGAUGUUGGAAUGGUCUUGGCUGUAA